AUGGAAGUUCCAAGAAAGGACGGAGUGCGGAGAUCUGAUCUUCUUGGAAGUACUACUGAUGUGGUCGUUGUAGGUGCUGGUGUCGCUGGUUCAGCACUAGCUUACGCUCUUGGCAAGGAUGGAUGGAAUGUACAUGUUAUUGAAAGAGACUUGACUGAGCCUAACAGAAUUGCUGGCGAGAUCCUGCAGCCUGGGGGCUACCAUAAAUUGAUCGAGUUAGGACUUGAAGAUUGUGUAGAGGGGAUUGAUGCUCAGAGAGUGUUCAGUUUGGCUGCAAUUUACAAAGAUGGGAAGAAAGCUACAGUUCCAUAUCGCUCAGAUGUGAGUGCUAGAGGCUUUCACAAUGGCCGCUUCAUUCAGAAACUGCGCGGAAAAGCUGCAUCUCUUCGCAAUGUUGAACUUGAACAAGGAACGGUAACAUCUCUAAUAGAGGAAAAGGGGAUUAUCAAAGGGGUGCAAUAUAAAACCAAGACUGGUCAAGAGUUGGCGGCUUCUGCUCCUCUUACAAUAGUCUGUGAUGGUUGUUUUUCAAAUUUGCGGCGCUUUCUCAGCAAUCCAAAGAUUGAAAUUCCCUCCUACUUCAUUGGUCUGGUCCUAGAGAACUGUCAUCUUCCUCAUGUAAAUCGUGGGUAUUUUAUCUUGAAGGACACGACCAUCGUAGCUUUUCCUAUUGGUACUGACGAGCUUCGCUGUUUAGUUGAUUUUCCUGGCCAAAAAGUACCUUCCAUCUCAAACGGUGAAAUGGCUGACUAUUUGAAAACAGUGGUGGCACCUCAGAUGCCAGCUGAGCUAUUCGAUGCAUUCAUCUGUGCAAUCGAUAAGGGCAACAUAAGAACAAUGGCAAACAGAAUCAUGGCUGUGUCUCACUAUCCAAUCCCUGGUGCAUUUCUGAUGGGGGAUGCAUUGAAUAUGCGACAUCCUUUAACAGGAGGAGGAAUGACGGUGGCGCUUUCUGAUGUUGUUCUACUGCGAGAUCUUCUUAGACCUCUGAAUCAUCUUAGUGAUGCAGCUGCACUUUGUAAAUAUCUCCAAUCUUUUUCCAUUCUGCGUAAGCCAAUGGCAACUACAAUAAACACGGUGGCAGGUGCUCUACACACAGUGUUCUCUGCAUCGGAGGAUCCAUUAAGGAAGGAAAUGAGACAAGCAUGUUUCAACUAUUUUUGCCUGGGAGGUGUAUUUUCAAAUGGAUUGAUGUCUCUUCUCUCUGGGAUGAACCCUGACCCAUUGAGCUUGGUUUUCCACUGCCUUGCCUUGGCUGUCUAUACUGUUGGUCGCUUACUGCUUCCAUUUCCUACACCAAAACGCAUUUGGAUUGGAACAAAACUAAUUUUGGUUGCAUUAGGGAUCUUCCUUCCUAUAAUCAAAGCAGAAGGAAUUAGAGCAACAUUCUUCCCAGUAACCAUGCUAGCUUACUACAGAACUCCUCCCGUCCCUUGA